AUGUACGUGUUGAGUGCAAGUGCGUGUAAGUCAAAUCAUAAGACGAACGAGCGGCGUGGCCUGACACGUCUGUCCCAGGACGUGGCCGGGACCAGAGUGUCAGAGGGCUGGAGGGAGAGAGAGAGCGGGCCAUCAGGACACCUGCUGCUUUUGAGCGCACCGCCAGCCAAUCAGGGCAGAGCUGAAAGAAAGUCAGGAGACGCGGCUAUCUGCGUGACGCCACCCCGCGAGAGGAGCGCUGCGUCUGGCUGUGAGGUCGAGAUUUCUUCAGCUGUGGAGGCGACUGUCCCUGGCCCCUGA